AUGCGAGAUCCAAAAAAAAAAAAAGUGACAGGCAAAGAGAUAGAUCAAAAAGACGUCGAAUCAAGAAAGGAACAAGCGGACGAACCGGUGCUGGAGCGACGGACGCCGGGGAUGGUGGCCAUCGGUAGCUUGGAUGCCCACGAAUACCCCCCGGCCAGGCUGCGGCAGCAGUACAAGGCCUAUCGUACGCUGAAGGUCUCUGAUAUCGACGCCCACCCCGCCAUCAUCGACCCCCAGAGACUCGCCCAUGAUGCCCUUCCUGAUGCCAUAUUUCUGGACAGAUGGCUUGCUCCAGAGUCGUUGAGUGACGCCUUUGACAGAUUUACAGGAGGAUGCACUUCUCAGCAGGCACCGCGGACAUCGGUCGGACCGCUGCCGAAGAUGCGAUAUGGGACCACAGCAUUAACGGUAUACCGGACAGGUCUUGAGAUCAUCCCGUCUAUCCUGCCGCCGCAGGUUCAGAUACAGCUUCUAUCCAAGCUCCUCCAUCGUGACCUAUCCGACCAACGGCACCAAACGAACCUUCACCUGCAUUAUAACGUCACCUACCCGGACGCUUCACGCCUGUCUCGGGCCAUACCGAAUGGACACAGUCCGUCAUUCUUUGAAGACACGCUGGACCGCGCAAUUUGCCCCAAGGACAGCUCCGUCCAUCUGCCUCUCACCGUCCAAUCCAUCCUAAACCGCAAGCUCCGAUGGAUGACGCUUGGGGGACAGUACAACUGGACUGAGAAGCGCUAUCCGGCCGGCGAACCCCCACCUUUCCCCUCAGACAUAUCCGCCCUUCUCAACGCUAUGUUCCCCGCUACCCAGCCAGAAGCGGCCAUCGUAAAUGUCUAUUCUCCGGGAGAUACACUAAACAUCCACAGAGACGUCAGCGAGGAUUGUGAUACAGGUCUAAUUAGCAUCAGUUUCGGCUGUGAAGGGUUAUUUAUGGUAGGCCAUGCUGAUAAUUCUGAUCUUGCUGUUGUUAGGCUACGCUCCGGGGAUGCGGUGUAUAUGGGCGGCGCCUCCAGGGUUUCCUGGCAUGCUGUCCCGAGAAUUGUCCCGGCGAGCUGCCCGGACUGGCUGCAGGACUGGCCUGGGGAUAGUGGGGAAGAUGGCAAUGGCAGAUUUCAGCAAUGGAAAGGCUGGAUGGCUGGGAAACGAGUCAAUUUAAACGUGAGGCAAAUGCGGCCUACAACUCCAGUCCUUUCAAUUCCAUCCGGGGGCAAGUAA